AAGACCCUAUCCUCGACGGGUUGCGAGUUUUUUUGCGUUACUUCAUAUUAAUACAUUUAUACUGCUUGCCAAACCGCCGUGCAGCCCACUGGCCUGCUGGCGCUGCAGGAGCUUUGCUUUACUCACCAACCCAAAAAAAAUUUAAUACACUCCUCUCCGUUCUCCAGCCGGGCCGUGAAACCUCCCUCCAUAUCCCCGAGAACAGCCAUGGCAAGCCACAUUAUUGGAAACCGAAACAGCACCCCUGAGGCUUCGAAGUCGUCCCUUCGCCCUCCGUCUUCAUCCCGUACCCUAGGGGGUUCUCAUCAACUUCGCGCCUCUGCCGAUAUGUCCGGCUUCGCCCCGCCGUUGUCUGCUCGCAAUAUUCGCCCCGCCUCGGAAGUGUACUUCAACCAACAGUCACAGGGUCAGAAUAACGCGGACGAUGCACUCGAUCGGGCCGCGCAGCAGUGGCUGGCGGACAUCGAUCAGUAUGAGACGACUCUGGAAGAAAUGGCUGCCGCCACUUUGGACCAAGACUUCAAGGACGAGCUUAGCGCUAUCGAGCAGUGGUUUCGUGUGUUGAGUGAAGCGGAGAGAACCGCCGCUCUCUACGCUCUGCUCCAACAGACCACAAAUAAUUUGACUUACUGCCUUGGUGUGCUGUCCCCAGCAACCUUUGGGGAAAAGGACGCCAUGUCCAACCGUCUAAGUGAUGCCAUGUCGAAGCUAAACGUAGAAGGGUCUCGCAACUCUUUGGUUCGCCCGCCACCUUCCCCUAGCAAUAAGCGCAACUCAGGACUUGACACCUCGACUAUCAACGCCAUGUUCCCUGAUGCAGCAGCCGCUAUUGCUAAGAAGAAAGCUGAACUCACUCAACAAACCGGAAAUGCUCCUGUGUCGAACCGUAACAGUGCAGUAUUUAGUGGAGACAGGUCUUCACUCGUUGCUCCUACCAUUUCUACUACAGAUGUUGGCAAGGAUAACUUGCCUCAGCCCCCUGCUUCUCCUUGGACUCACCGAGCACCAGAACAACAGGCCCCUAUUGCACGGCCCAAAUCGUCGUCUGGUCAGCAACAGCAGCAACAGCAACAACAACAGCAGCAGCAGCAGCAGCAGCAGCAACCGAUGGGCCACUUUUCUCAGCCACUUCAGUCUGCUGGCCUUCGUUCUCCGCUUUCGUCAGGUCCUUCUAAUAUCCAAAGCACCACCAUCACUGCUCCAGAUCUUAUGCCAGAGCCUCCAAUUCUUUCUCCAUACAAUGUGGGAAACGCAAGUUGGGCUUCCAUGACAAAUACCCCCAUGGUUUCGUCUUUCAACCAGCAAAGCCAGCCAAACCAGGCUGAUAUGAUUGCCAACGCCACUGCUAUGAAACUUGCUGCUUUGUCAACUGUCAAUAAUCGCAUUGCCUUGGAUGAUGCACGCAAAUACCGCCGCACCCGUUCUAAUGACAACCAGAACCGUAUGCACAACCAGCCCCCUGUAUCCCCUGGCCUCCCAAACACCAUUCCCGGAACCAAUGUCAUAAUGGUGAAUGACUCCGGCCAAAUCCUGAACCCCCAGCAGGUUGCUGCUCUGCAGGCUCAACAGCAAGCUGCCAUCAGCGGGCGCCGUUCUCGCCCUAAUUCUCCCGGACUGGCCCUCCAGGGAACGCCAAUACAGAUGAACUUUACUUCUCCUCAGAACAAUGGGUUCCUUGCUGCAUAUGACGCUAACGCCUACCUGGGUAACACUCUUGGUGGAAUGGGUGUCGGUCAAUUCAGUGGCGCUGGCAGUCACGAAGGAUACCUGUCUGAUCAUUCUGAAAUCCCCCGUGGUCGUUCUCCACGCGGUCGACGUGGAAGCUCCAAGCCACCAGAAGACCCAACCGACCCAGCUCUCCUUCAAGACAUACCUGGCUGGCUUCGAUCUCUUCGCUUACACAAGUAUACCGACAACCUCAAGGAUCUUAAGUGGACCGAGCUGGUGGAGUUGGACGACAAAGGCUUGGAGGCCCGUGGCGUGAAUGCUCUUGGUGCCAGAAACAAGAUGUUAAAGGUUUUUGAGCAAGUCAAGGAGGCCAAGUCGGAGGGAAAGCUCGACAACAUCCUCUGA